UUUGGGAAAUCAAGGAAUCUUGGAGACCAUCUUCUAGCGAGUUCCUGUAUUUCUGUCCGACAUAGCACUACUCCCUUCCUUAGUGUGCAGUGUCUACACAGAAACAUCCUUAGGAGACACGUCGUCAUGGUUGGAGCAGUCAUAGGAGUUUCUAAUCAUCAAAGAGAGGCCAUGGCGUGGAAGUGCAGGGACCCAGAUUUCCAUCACAAAGGAUAUCAUGGGAAGUCUCAGAAGCUUGUGGGUGGACCUAGAUAUCAGAAGAGACACGAAUCUGACCGAGUACCUGUAGCUCAUAGCUCGCACGAUUUUGAGCCAGCCGUGACGUCGAAUAGCAUCGAACCCGCGAGAAUACCAAGUCGAAACUUGGGCAGUUUCAUUGCUAACGUAACUCCGCGAGUGAAGCUUCACUAUAUUCACAAGGAAUCGGAACGGUUUUCGCACCCGGCGAGGCACGAAACUUCAGCAUGUUGCGCGUUUUACACUUUGGGGGAUCUGUGGGACUCCUUGGAGGAGUCGAGCGUGUUUGGGGCUGGAGUUCCUAUUCAACUCGCUAAUGGCACACAUGCAACUCAAUACUACGUGCCUUUCAUCUCUGGUUUGCAACUAUACGCUCGAAGCAGCUCCUGGCAGUUGCCUGAGUCGAGGAACAGUGGCCCCGAGAGUGACUGCAGCGACGUGGGUUUUCAUGAUUCCAGUAGUGACAGCAGCGAGAGCAGUGAUAGGAACGAUGGUCGGGCAGCUGAUGGUGCAUCGAAGGCAGUCGAGGGUUGUAGUGUGAUAGACUCAUCCGUCGAUGGCUCAUGGGGCUCGAAGGCGCAUCCGUCGCAAUCUCAUAUGAUGGAAGAGCUUCUUUCAGGAUUGGAUGGUCAGAGUUCAGUGGAUGAGUGUGGCGCCGUGUCGUGGGAUGCGUGUCAAGACUGUAACGGGGGCCGUAUGUUAUUGGAGUAUUUCGAAAGAGCACCUCCUCACGUGCGGUUGCCUCUGUUCUCGAAGGUGGAAGAGUUGGAGAGGGAGUUUCCCUGUCUCAGGCACCUCCGCAGCAUCGAUUUACAUCCACGAAGCUGGAUGGCUAUCGCAUGGUAUCCACUGUACAAGAUUCCAGCUGGGCCCAGUGUUCAUGAUCUUGGAGCAUCAUUUUUGACAUUUCACAGUCUCUCUUCUCCAGGCCCAUCGUUGUCAGGUUCUUGUAUUCGCUGCAAUGAUGAAUAUUGGAUAUCCCCAAUGAAGCUCCCUCAGUCCUGCUUGUUCUCUCCUCCGCCAAGUGUGCCUGAAGCUGAGCAUGAUGAUACCAUGCACUGGGGCUGCGAUUCGAGGCCAUCAAGUUUUUCCUCCACAGCCUUGCCCCCUUUCGGUUUCACCGGUUAUAAGGCACGUGGGAGCCUGUGGUCGGAUAGGUGGUGCAUACAGGGCCUCGAGGCAGCAGCAGAUCAGUGGCUGAAGCACAUAAAUGCCAACUUACCGGACCAUUCCUUCUUCUCCAUGCAGCAGUACAUUGGGCGCUAAGCUUCGGCUGGGUCUUUGAUGCGCUUGCUAACAUGAUGAUGGCUCCAGUCCAGUCCAGUCAAGGGCGCUGUUGCAGCUUCUUGUUAUACAUCUGGCUGUCAGGCUAGCUGCUGCCAGAUCAAUUUUGGUUCUAGUGUUAGUGGAUAGCUGCAGCAACGUAGUGCUGUCUGCUGAUUUUUGUAUUGGAUGGACCGUCGGACAGUGCCCUACCAUCUAACUGAGUGUUGAUUAUUGUA